CUGGCUGGGAAGAGCAUGACUUGGUGGCCGGUGGGUGCCUCCCUGUUUGCCAGCAACAUUGGCAGUGGACAUUUUAUUGGCCUGGCAGGGUCAGGAGCUGCAGCAGGAAUCGGGGCAAUUGCAUAUGAAUGGAAUGGUAUGCUGAUGGUGCUGCUGCUGGGAUGGCUUUUCCUGCCCAUUUAUAUUGCCUCUGGGGUAACAACGAUGCCUGAAUACCUGCAGAGGCGAUUCGGUGGCAGAAGAACGCAGUUAUUUAUAGCUGUCCUGUCCUUGUUUAUUUACAUUUUCACAAAGAUAUCGGUGGACAUGUACGCUGGUGCAUUGUUUAUACAGCUCGCUUUACAAUGGAAUAUCUAUCUGGCUGUAGUGCUGCUGCUGUCAGUCACUGCUCUCUACACUGUAGCAGGUGGUCUGGCUGCAGUCAUCUACACAGACGCUGCUCAAACUGCUAUCAUGCUGGCAGGAGCUCUCACCCUCAUGGGCUUCAGCUUCGCGGAGGUCGGAGGCUGGAACGCUCUGAUGGAGGGAUAUGCCGCCGCCAUCCCUUCUAUCCGUGUACCCAACUCGACCUGCGGCGUCCCUCGAGAUGACGCCUUCCACAUAUUCAGAGACCCGGUGAACUCUGACCUGCCUUGGCCUGGGGUCAUCAUCGGCAUGUCUAUCCCCUCCAUGUGGUACUGGUGUUCCGAUCAGGUGAUAGUGCAGCGCUCCCUGGCUGCCAAGACCCUGACCCAUGCAAAAGGAGGCUCUCUACUGGCUGCUUAUUUAAAGGUUCUGCCUUUUUUUGCCAUUAUGCUGCCGGGCAUGAUCAGCAGGAUACUUUACACGGAUGAUGUGGCGUGUGCAGACCCUGAGCUGUGCAAACAGAUUUGUGGAAAUCCAGUGGGUUGUUCAGAUACCGCCUACGCCAGACUGGUCAUGGAGCUGCUGCCUGCAGGAUUGAGGGGUCUGAUGAUGGCGGUGAUGAUUGCUGCCCUCAUGUCCUCUCUGACAUCCAUCUUCAACAGCGCCAGCUCCAUUUUCACCAUGGACAUAUGGAAGAGUUUCAGAUCCCGUGCAUCUGAGUGGGAGCUCAUGAUUGUGGGCAGGGUGUUUGUGCUCGUGCUGGUGGUGGUGUCUGUGCUGUGGAUUCCUGUUGUUCAGGCCAGCCAGGGGGGGCAGCUCUUUAUCUACAUCCAGUCCAUCAGCACCUACCUCCAGCCCCCAAUCUCCAUCAUCUUCCUCAUGGGCUGCUUCUGGAAGAGGACUAAUGAGAAGGGUGCAUUUUGGGGCCUGGCUAUCGGCCUGUUGGUGGGCUGCAUCCGCAUGUUGUUGGACUUCGUUUACCCAGCACCCCUGUGCUAUGAGGAGGAUGGCAGGCCUGGGGUGUUGAAAUACGUCCAUUACCUCUACUUCUCCAUCUUGCUGUCCGUCAUCACCCUGGUUGUAGUGGUUGUAGUCAGCCUGGCGACAGAGGAGCCUGGGCAGGAGCAGAUCAGUCGCCUUACCUGGUUCACAAGGUUUGACCCAGUGGAGCCCAAAGAGAAUGUACUCACAGUGGAGCAGAGCAGUAAGACCUUAGAGGCAAUCACUAGUCAGACGGAUGAGAUGAGAGUCACAGGAAGAGAGCAGGAGACCAGCAAUGGAAAAGCAUGUCACCACAGGAAAGACUCUGCGUCCUCCGUGUCCAGCGUCCAAAGCCCGUCCAGGCUGAUGUCUGCCCUCUACUGGCUGUGUGGCAUGGAAAGACGGAGGGCGGGAGAGAAUAAUCCUGUGACUCCUCCUGCACCUGAACAGGCUAACUGUUCUCUGGAAGAAAAGCCACGUCUACAACUCAUUGUCAACGUCAACCUAAUCAUUUGCCUCUCUGUAACUGCCUUUAUCGUUGGCUAUUGGGGUUGACAGGCAGGGUGAGACACAUUCUUGAUGGACACAUGGGUAUAUGGUUUGGGUAUAACUUUGUGUACAGAUUUUAGUGUUUUGUUUUCACUGAGCAUGAGAAGAAUUUUUAAUUUCUUCUUGUCAAAUCAAAACGGUAAAAUGA